AUGAGGAAGGUGUGGCAAGUAUGGCAGGUAUUGGAAGGUACUACCCGAUCCGAGCUAGGAAGGAAGGAACUGCCCCAAGGCAAGAGCAUCCCUCGGUCUCUGUUUGAGGAAGGAACCAUCAAAAAAGUGAGUAUAAAUGGAACUGUCACUUCAGACACAGUAACCCCUCAACCCCCAUGGCUCAGAUGGGAAGCGCCCCGGGCAGGGUGA